AGGGCGCUGCGGGAGCCGCCCGGUUGCUGCUCGCUUCCUGCUGCCGCCCUGGCUCUCCCCUGCCAGGGGCGGGAGGAGGCGGCGGCCGCGGCGCGGAGCAGCGCUUGGGGAGGCCGCCGGGCAUGGAGCGGCGCCCGAGGCGCGCAGAUUUCUCUCUAAACUCAAGCAUUUGGAUGGAUUCAUAAAAGUGCGAAGCUUGGAUUUUUACACACAAUUAUUUUUGGAACUGGCAUGCUAUAAGCUGACUCUGCUUAUUAUCUAGUGAUCUAGCACUGGGUAUGAUGGCCCAGUCCAGGUCAAAUGGAUCUUACUAUGCCCUGACUGCUAUAGGGUUAGGAAUGCUUGUCCUUGGGAUCAUAAUGGCAGUCUGGAACCUGGUCCCAGGAUUUGGCCAUACUGAUAAGCCUCCCUCAUCUGCUGGAAAUAGUAGCAAUCCAGAGCAUAAUGAAGGAGGAAUAUUGAAGAGUAAGACCUUUUCGGUGGCUUAUGUAUUGGUUGGGGCUGGAGUGCUGCUGCUGUUGCUCUCCAUUUGUUUGAAUGUCCGGGACAGAAAGAAGAAAAGACAAAAUCAGGAUAUUGCUAGGAUCCAGCAAGGAACAUCUGCUGAACCUCGACAUCAGGAGGACAGUCAAGAAGAGGAUGAUGAGACACCGUCGCGAUACUAUGUUCCCAGUUAUGAGGAGGUUAUGAACGCGGGCUAUCCUGAGACGGGAGAAUUGGACAGAAACACCAGGAUCAGCAUGUCUCUGCCCUCUUAUGAAUCUCUAACUGGGAUUGAUGAAAAUACACCAACUACAACCACCACAUCGACGCUGUAUGUCGAUUCGAACAUACAGCGUCAGCCAAGCAGGCACAGCUCUCGCUUGAACAAACGACUGAAACCCCUGAAAGUUCGGAGAAUUAAGUCUGAUAAGCUGCACCUAAAGGAAUUCCGAAUAAACCUUCCAGACAGAAACAGUUCAGGUCAAAUAACAAUAGAACCAUUGACCCCUCCUCCCCAGUAUGAUGAGGUCCCAGAUAAAGCACCAGAUAGCAAGGAAGUGACCUAAAAUCUCUGGACUUUCCAGGGGAAAACACUACUAGAUACUUGAUCUGUGGGUACAAAUGCAGUCAAAUUCCCACAAGCUUCAAAAAGAUCAAGGAAAUGCCGGACUAUAUACCUCUUUUUCAGAAGGACAGAAUGAUGAUUCCAAGACAUGGCUUUUCAUAAAAUACCACUAAAAAUUAAACACUAGUGCAUCUGAUACUCUGAAAUAAAUGAUCUUUAUAAGUA